CUGGUUAUGCAAAGUGUUGGAGAGAAAUCUCGUGUUAGAAUACAAAUAUUUUAUUCAAAAAUUAUUUUACACCAAUUCGUUUAUAACUUAUUUCAUCAUGAAUUUCGGAGUCUCUCCGCACCUUACUGUUAAGCUUCAUUCUGUUGUUUUGACAACUAUAAUUGAUUCUUAUGAACGUAGAAAUGAUUGCCAACACAGAGUAAUCGGUACAUUAUUAGGCAUACAUGAAAAAGGUGCCGUUGAAGUAACAAAUUGCUUAUGCAUUCCUCAUAAUGAAUCGGAGGAUGAGGUUGCUGUUGAUAUGGAAUUUGCUAAAGCUAUGUAUGAAUUGCACAAGAAAGUUAAUCCAAGUGAAGUAAUUGUUGGAUGGUAUGCAACUGGGGCUGAUGUGACUGGUCACUCUGUCCUCAUUCAUGAUUAUUACAGUCGUGAAGCCAAUAAUCCUAUUCACUUAACUGUGGAUACUACUCUGUCUGAGGGCAAGCUUUCCUGGAAAGCAUUUACUAGCUGCUCUUUUGGAGUUCCUGGUAAAAAUACUGGAACCAUGUUUACCCCAUGUAAAGUCGAAAUAGUAUGCUAUGCACCUGAACAAGUUGGAUUGAAAUUAGCUCAACAAACUAAACAUAACAAACAAAGAAGUGUAGAAAUACUGCCAGAUUUAGAUUUGAUCAGCAAUGCUGUUGAAGAUAUGUUGGGACUUAUUGAUGUUGUCAUUGGUUACAUUGAUGAUGUUUUAGCAAAUAGAAAACCAGCUGAUAAUUCUGUGGGCCGCACAUUAAUGAAUAUUGUUCAGAGUAUUCCACAAAUAAACCCAGAAGAAUUCCAAGACAUGUUGAAUUCUAAUAAGAAGGACUUGCUGAUGGUUGUUUAUUUAGCUCAGCUCACAAAAAGUCAACUUGCAUUACACGAAAAGAUUAGCUAUUUGUAAACUCUGUGAACAAAAAAAUAAACUGAUUGUACUUUUUUA